CAGUCAGUUAGAUUCCAGCCUGCAAAGUAUUGGAAUCCAAACUCUAUACAACAGUGGAUAGAUACCGCCUACGACGAGUCGGAUGUAUAUAUAAAGUAUCAAAAGGAGAAGGAAGAAGAGGAGUUACAACAAAAGAAUAACUCAAUGAAUACAGAUGAUGAUAAUAAUAACAACAAUAACAACAACAUCAACAACAACAACAUUAACAACAACACAAACAAUAUAAAUAAUACGAAUAAUAUGAAUAAUAACAAUGUUGAUGAUCAUAAGAUGGGGAACUUCGAGCGUCAU